AUGGGUUGUUCAGAGGGAGAUCUGGACCAGAUGCACUGGGCGGAGGAAUACCCCGCUUGCGGCGGAAAAAAGCAAUCCCCAAUUGACAUCCAGCGGAGAAGUGUGCGGCACAACCCCCGCAUGUUGCACCUGUUGCUUUCGGGCUACGAGGAGCAAAGUGGCAACUUCCUUAUGACCAACAACGGGCAUUCAGUCCAAAUUGACCUGCCCCCCACCAUGUUCAUCAGGAAGGGGCUCGUGGGGCGCUACACGGCCGUCCAGAUGCACCUGCACUGGGGGGGCUGGGACCUGGAGGCCAGCGGGGCGGAGCACACCCUGGACGGCAUCCGCUACAUGGCUGAGCUGCAUGUCGUCCAUUACAAUUCUGACAAGUACAGCAGCUUCGCUGAGGCCAAGGCUAAGCCUGACGGACUGGCAGUGCUGGCGUUCUUCUACGAGGAUGGGCAUUUUGAGAACACUUACUACAGCGAUUUCAUCUCCAACCUGGCCAAUGUCAAGUACGCAGGGCAGUCCAUGACCCUCACCACUCUAAAUGUGCGCUCCAUGCUUCCUGAGAACCUGUCCCAAUUCUUCAGGUAUCAGGGCUCGCUGACCACGCCCCCGUGCUAUGAGAGCAUCAUAUGGACCGUGUUCGACACCCCGAUCACGCUCUCCCACAACCAGAUCAGAAAGCUGGAGAGCACCCUGAUGGACCACGAGAACAAGACCCUGUGGAACGACUACCGUAUUGCUCAGCCGCUGAACGACCGCGUGGUCGAGUCCUCCUUCCUGCCACGACUCGGCAAAGGCACUUUCUGUAGGCAGGAAGAAAUCGAGUCCAAGUUGUCGAAGAUUGAGGGUCUGGUCACAAACCUGGGCAAACGCAUCCCUUCAGGUGAGGGCGGGGAUGGCAGGUCACCUAGAAAAGGCCCUCGCGUCAUCUCCCCGCUGGUGCUGCACUUCACCGAGAGGACCAUGGAGAGCUACGUAAAAGUGCACCAGGGACCCUCCAUGGCCCUCCGCUCUUUCACCGUCUGCAUGCACAUCCGCACCCAGCCCGGGGCGGUCCACACCGUGCUGUCCUACUCCACCGCCGGCCACGACAACGAGCUGACCGUCACCGUGGGCUACGAGGUGGGCCUGUGGAUCGGCAACGAGUUCGUCAACUUCCCCCACAGCCUCCGCUCCCGCGACUGGGGCAACUACUGCCUGACCUGGGCGUCCCACUCCGGAGGGGCGGAGCUCUGGAUCAACGGCAUGGUGGGGGAGGAGCAGUACCUGCGCAGCCACUACGAGCUGCAGCCGGGCGGGACCCUGAUCCUGGGGAAGGACCAGGACGGCUUCCUGGGCAUCUCCGACUCGGACGCCUUCGUGGGCCAGAUGACGGACGUGAACCUGUGGGACUACGUGCUCGGUUCCUCCGAGAUCCGGGACCAGAUGUCCUGCGGGAACAACAUCCUGAGGGGCAACGUGCUCACCUGGGGGGUGACCCACCUCAGCGUCUACGGAGGGGUGCGGCUCGAGGCCGAACACAGGUGCCCCUGAGGACAGCCCCCCCGGACCUACCCACACCCCGAACCCCAAUGCUCGCAAAUCACUGCUGUCAUCAUACCUGCAAUGUAACACAGUGCUUCACAGCUCGCCAAGAGGCCACAAUAUUGAACUCCAUCAGAAAAAGGCUCAAAGAUGUUAUAAAUCCAAUCAAUCCAGUGAAAAUAUUAAAAAUAUCAAGUACAUACACCCAAAAUAAACAAUGAAGCUUGUAAUUACAUAUGAUGAUUUACCAAGAAAACAAACGUACAUCUAUUAUUAAGCAUGUCAUCUUAGCACAUGUCAUUUACAUAAGUGGCAAUAUGAUUCAUGUUAUCACAAGGCAGGCAAUCAUAAGAUAAACUAUGGGCUCCAUACUGAAGAACUAACCAUGAUCCACAGCUUUGUCUUAUUCAUAUCUGUUUAUCAAAUAUUACACAGCUAGGCAUAUGUCCUCAAUUGAUGUUUACAUAUUUAUGCUAUACUGUACGGCUCAACUUUAAAGACAAACCGUGGAAAGCAGGGAUGACAGUAAGCCAGAUAUAGGCCUACUUUCUGUCAACACAUGAAGGGCUGUACUCAUUUGUUUCUUUCAAUAAAAUCAA